AUGUCCAAUCCAACCAGCUUCAGGACCUCGUCUGGCAACAACAUUCUCAUGGAAUCAAAUGGGUACACAUGCAAACUGUUUUACGUAGACCGACACUGGUCGAAACCACUCCUUACAGGGCAUCAUUCAAUCCAAAGCGGAAGCCCGAUGAUACACAUAUGCCGCUUCAAAGUCCCAUACGGGUACUCACUAAACAAUGACUUCCAAAUCGAAGUCGCACGCAGUGCCCAUGUAAAUGUGGCCGGCUCAGAGCCACGAAGGCCGGUGAACGUCGUGCUGCGGUACGACGGCGAGGUGGUAUCAUUGUUCGAGGGUGUCCUGCUGUACGAUGAGGCGGAAUACCAUAUUAUCAAGUCACCAAGGGAUGAUCAAAUGAACAUUAGCAGGGCGGCGGGACACAACCCACUUGGAGGGUCGAUCGAGUUCCAGAUAUUCGAUAUCAGACGCGGCACAUACCAACAUGCGGCAGGUUUUAUCAUCGAGUAUGAGUAUGAGACUAAUCAUCCUGUGAGUAGCUCAUUAUUUGGAAUGGGUACUUGUAUUGGAACUUACGCCCAUCAACCACCAUUGGUAACACAGCUCGAGGAUACUUCUAUGACUGAAUUAGACGAGGUGGAGGCAGAGUAUCGCAAUUUUGAACCGUAG